GAUAACAAACCAUUGACAACCAUUAGUAAGGGAAUAUUCAACGAGCCAACUGUCCUCCUGCUAAAUUAUCAAAAUGCGUGAAAUUGUACACCUCCAGGCUGGACAGUGCGGCAACCAGAUUGGUGCCAAGUUCUGGGAAGUCAUCUCGGAUGAACAUGGUGUUGACCCCACCGGCACAUACCACGGAGACUCAGAUCUUCAGUUGGAGAGAAUCAACGUAUACUACAAUGAAGCCACCGGAGGCAAGUACGUUCCACGUGCCGUUUUGGUGGAUCUUGAGCCAGGAACCAUGGACUCCGUGAGGUCCGGACCUUUCGGACAGAUCUUCAGACCAGACAACUUCGUCUUUGGUCAGAGUGGUGCUGGAAACAACUGGGCUAAGGGACAUUAUACAGAAGGUGCAGAACUUGUAGACUCUGUUCUUGACGUUGUGCGAAAAGAAGCUGAAAGCUGUGACUGUCUUCAGGGAUUCCAGCUAACACAUUCCCUCGGUGGUGGAACUGGAUCUGGUAUGGGCACGCUCAUGAUCAGCAAAAUCCGUGAGGAAUACCCAGACAGGAUCAUGAACACAUUCUCCGUCGUGCCAUCUCCAAAAGUAUCAGACACAGUUGUUGAGCCAUACAAUGCCACCCUCUCCGUCCAUCAGCUCGUUGAAAACACUGAUGAAACGUACUGUAUUGACAAUGAAGCUCUUUAUGACAUCUGCUUCCGUACCCUGAAGCUCACCACCCCAACAUACGGAGAUCUCAACCAUCUCGUCUCUGCCACCAUGUCCGGAGUCACCACCUGCCUCCGAUUCCCUGGUCAGUUGAACGCCGAUUUGAGGAAGCUUGCCGUCAACAUGGUACCUUUCCCACGUCUUCACUUCUUCAUGCCCGGAUUCGCCCCACUCACCUCCCGAGGAAGCCAGCAGUACCGUGCCCUCACCGUCCCAGAGCUCACCCAGCAGAUGUUCGAUGCCAAGAACAUGAUGGCUGCCUGCGACCCACGCCAUGGCCGUUACCUCACCGUUGCUGCCAUGUUCCGUGGCCGCAUGUCCAUGAAGGAGGUUGACGAACAGAUGUUGAACGUCCAGAACAAGAACAGCAGCUACUUCGUCGAAUGGAUCCCCAACAACGUCAAGACUGCCGUCUGUGACAUCCCACCACGUGGUCUUAAGAUGUCCGGAACCUUCAUCGGUAACAGCACUGCCAUCCAGGAGCUGUUUAAGCGUAUCUCCGAGCAGUUCACCGCUAUGUUCCGUCGUAAGGCUUUCUUGCAUUGGUACACUGGUGAGGGCAUGGAUGAGAUGGAGUUCACUGAAGCCGAAUCCAACAUGAACGACUUGGUGUCUGAAUACCAACAGUACCAAGACGCAACCGCCGAGGAGGAGGGUGAAUUCGACGAAGAGGAGGAAGAAGAAGCAGAGGCUAAUUAGCUGAAUUUGACCAAAUCCUUUGUGAACAAAUAAAAAGCCAAAACUUGUGAAUUCACGUUGACAAUACUCAGCAAUCCUCUAAUAAACUUAUGUCCUUAUAAAGAUUCUAAAACGAAAAUAUUUUCUUGGUGGUCCCUUUUGUCAAUUUGAUAAACUGUGUCGUUAUAAAAGGAAAUGAUGUUGCCUUUAUCAUCAACGCUAUCGUCAUUCAAUCCAAGCAAUGUUAAAGCAUUUUGGUGUUAUACAGUUGUUUUAUAUAUUGAUAUUUUAAUCAAUAUAAUAGAAGUUAGAUACCUGCAAUUUGUAUUUUUCACAGUCAAUACAUUUUGAAAUUUUGGUGGAAAA